AUGCCUUUCGGUGUUGAGAUAGAGAAUGAAGCGACGCGCAGGAGCGUGCUCCCACGUAUCGAGACGAAGCUAAAGGAGAUUGCGACAAAACACAAGCUUCGCUACAGAAAGUCCGACCUGCGCUGGAGACAUUUUCUUUUGCAGCCCAAAAAGCAUUCCGAAGAGGACUCAAAGUUGGACUUUUUCCUCUCGGAUUUUGGGUCCUUGGGGGAAAUUGACGAAAAAGAUAACAUUGAUGAAGUUGUCAAGAGUCAAAUGGAGGUUUUGAAGCGGGCGAUUGGAGAUCAGAUGGAUGCUCUGAGUUCGCCUGCGCAACGAAAACGGAAAGGCUUGAGCAGACCACCGACGGCAUCGACCAAAGCCAGGCUCGGCGACAAGGACUGA